GUGUGGUGUCAUGGCGGGCCCCGGGCGCUGAGGCCCCGCCGCGCCUGCCGCGCCCACAGCCCCGCGGCGCCGAGCCGAGCCGCCUCGCCGGACCCAUGGCGGCGCACAAGCCGGUGGAAUGGGUGCAGGCCGUGGUGAAUCGCUUCGAUGAGCAGCUUCCAAUAAAGGCCAGCCAGCAGAAUACCCACACCAAAGUCAGUACGGAGCACAACAAGGAAUGUCUCAUAAACAUUUCGAAGUACAAGUUUUCCCUGGUCAUCAGUGGUCUCACUAAUAUUUUAAAAAAUGUUAAUAACAUGAGAAUAUUUGGAGAAACUGCUGAAAAGAAUUUAUAUCUAUCUCAGCUGAUUAUCUUGGAUACACUGGAAAAAUGUCUGGCAGGGCAACCAAAGGAUACCAUGCGACUAGACGAGACUAUGCUGGUAAAACAGUUGCUGCCAGAAAUUUGCCACUUCAUCCACACUUACCGUGAAGGGAACCAGCACGCAGCUGAACUACGCAAUUCUGCCUCUGGAGUUCUUUUUUCUCUGAGCUGCAAUAACUUUAAUGCUGUGUUCAGCCGCAUUUCCACCAGAUUACAGGAACUGACUGUUUGUUCAGAAGAUAAUGCUGAUGUUCACGAUAUUGAACUUUUACAGUACAUCAGUGUGGAUUGUUCAAAACUAAAACGACUCUUGCAAGAGACUGUAUUCAAGUUUAAAGCUCUUAAGAAAGUAGCUCAGUUAGCGGUUAUCAACAGUCUUGAAAAGGCAUUUUGGAACUGGGUGGAAAACUAUCCUGAUGAAUUCACAAAGCUGUAUCAAACACCGCAGACGGACAUGGCUGAUUGUGCAGAGAAGUUGUUUGAUUUAGUGGAUGGCUUUGCUGAAAGCACAAAACGUAAAGCAGCCGUUUGGCCCCUGCAAAUCAUACUCCUCGUCCUGUGUCCAGAGAUAAUUCAAGAUAUAGCAAAGGAUGUGGUAGAGGAAACGAAAAUGAACAAGAAACUGUUCCUGGACAAUCUCAGGAAAGCUCUUGCAGGCCACAGUGGGAGCAGACAGCUGACGGAAAGUGCUGCUAUUGCUUGUGUUAAACUCUGCAAAGCAUCUACCUACAUCAACUGGGAAGAUAAUUCCGUCAUUUUCCUACUAGUGCAGUCCAUGGUAGUAGAUCUUAAGAAUUUGCUGUUUAAUCCAAGCAAACCUUUCUCAAGAGGCAAUCAGAAUGCAGAUGUAGACCUUAUGAUUGACUGCUUAGUUUCCUGCUUCCGCAUAAACCCUCAUAAUAACCAACACUUUAAGAUCUGCUUGGCACAGAAUUCCCCAUCAACAUUUCAUUAUGUGCUGGUAAAUUCACUCCACCGAAUAAUCACAAAUUCUGCGUUGGACUGGUGGCCCAGGAUCGAUGCUGUGUACUGCCAUUCCAUGGAGCUUCGCAGCAUGUUCAGUGAGACGCUGCAUAAAGCUAUUCAGGGCUGUGGGGCACAUCCAGCAAUUCGCAUGACUCCGAGUCUUACAUUUAAGGAGAAAAUGACAAGCCUUAAAUUUAAAGAAAAACCAACUGAUUUGGAAACCAGAAGCUACAAGUUCUUGCUGUUAUCCUUGGUAAAACUGAUUCAUGCUGAUCCAAAGCUUUUGCUGUGUAAUCCAAGGAAGCAAGGACCUGAGACACAAGGAAGCACGGCUGAAUUAAUUACGGGCCUUGUGCAACUUGUUCCGCAAUCCAGCAUGCCAGAUAUAGCACAAGAAGCCAUGGAGGCCUUGCUAGUUCUUCACCAGUUAGACAGCAUUGACUUGUGGAAUCCUGAUGCGCCUAUAGAAACAUUCUGGGAAAUUAGUUCGCAAAUGCUUUUUUAUAUCUGCAAGAAACUAACUAGUCAUCAGAUGCUCAGCAGUACAGAAAUCCUCAAGUGGCUGCGGGAGAUUCUCAUCUGUAGGAAUAAAUUUCUUCUAAAAACCAAACAAUCAGAUAGGAGUUCCUGCCACGUUCUCUUCCUUUAUGAUGUCUCUGGAGGUGGAACUAGUCAAAUGUCUCUUGACCAUGAAGAGAUGAUGCGCUGUGCUCCAGGAGCUACCCUCAGGAAAGGGAAAGGGAAUUCUUCCAUGGAAAGUACAGCAGGAUGCAGUGGAACACCCAUUUGUCGCCAAGCCCAAACAAAAUUGGAAGUUGCCUUAUACAUGUUUUUGUGGAGCCCAGAUAUCGAGGCGGUCCUUGUUGCAAUGUCCUGUUUCCGUCACCUCUGUGAGGAAGCAGAUAUCAGAUGUGGAGUAGAUGAAGUCUCAGUGCAUAAUUUUUUGCCAAACUAUAAUACUUUCAUGGAGUUUGCGUCUGUUAGCAAUAUGAUGUCAACAGGGAGAGCAGCUCUUCAGAAAAGAGUGAUGGCAUUGUUAAGACGCAUUGAACAUCCAACAGCAGGAAACACAGAGGCCUGGGAGGAUACUCAUGCAAAAUGGGAACAAGCUACAAAACUAAUCCUUAACUAUCCAAAGACCAAAAUGGAAGAUGGCCAGGUUACUGAAAGUCUCCAUAAGACGAUUGUUAAGAGGCGAAUGUCGCAUGUUAGUGGAGGUGGCUCCAUAGACUUGUCUGACACAGAUUCUCUUCAGGAGUGGAUCAACAUGACGGGCUUCUUAUGUGCCCUUGGAGGAGUGUGCCUCCAGCAUCGCAGCAAUGCAGGAUUAGCGACCUACAGCCCACCCAUGGGCCCAGUCAACGAGCGGAAGGGCUCCAUGAUAUCUAUGGUGUCCACUGAGGGGAAUGUGGAGACUCCUGUUAGCAAAUUCAUCGAUCGAUUAUUGACUCUGAUGGUCUGUAACCAUGAGAAAGUGGGACUGCAGAUACGGACUAAUAUUAAAGACUUGGUGGGUUUGGAGUUGAGUCCAGCACUUUAUCCAAUGCUGUUUAACAAAUUGAAGAAUACCAUCAGCAAGUUUUUUGAUUCCCAAGGACAGGUUUUGUUAACUGAGACCAACACACAGUUUGUAGAGCAAACCAUUGCUAUAAUGAAGAACUUGCUUGACAAUCACACAGAAGGGAGCUCAGAACACCUUGGACAAGCUAGUAUUGAGACAAUGAUGCUAAAUCUGGUUAGGUAUGUGCGAGUGCUUGGAAAUUUGGUACAUGCAAUUCAAAUAAAAACUAAGCUAUGUCAGUUAGUAGAAGUAAUGAUGGAGAGGAGAGAUGACCUUUCAUUUUGCCAAGAAAUGAAAUUUAGGAACAAAAUGGUGGAAUAUUUGACAGACUGGGUUAUGGGAACAUCUAAUCAAGCAACGGAUGAGGAUGUGAAAUGCCUUACAAGAGAUUUAGACCAAGCGAGUAUGGAAGCAGUGGUAUCCCUUCUUGCUGGGCUUCCACUACAGCCUGAAGAAGGAGAUGGUGUUGAGUUGAUGGAAGCAAAAUCUCAGUUAUUUCUUAAGUAUUUCACACUGUUUAUGAACCUUCUAAAUGACUGUAGUGAAGUUGAAGAUGAAAGCACACAAACAGGUGGCAGGAAACGCGGAAUGUCACGAAGGCUUGCUUCACUACGGCACUGCACUGUUCUUGCCAUGUCAAAUUUACUCAAUGCAAAUGUGGACAGUGGUCUUAUGCACUCAAUAGGCUUGGGCUAUCAUAAAGACCUCCAAACAAGAGCUACGUUUAUGGAAGUCCUCACCAAAAUUCUGCAGCAGGGAACAGAAUUUGAUACGUUAGCAGAAACAGUGCUAGCAGAUCGGUUUGAGAGAUUGGUGGAGUUGGUUACAAUGAUGGGUGAUCAGGGGGAGCUUCCUAUUGCUAUGGCUUUAGCCAAUGUGGUGCCUUGUUCUCAGUGGGAUGAGUUAGCUCGUGUCCUGGUCACACUCUUUGAUUCCCGACACUUGCUCUACCAGCUACUUUGGAAUAUGUUUUCAAAGGAAGUUGAACUAGCAGAUUCCAUGCAGACGCUCUUCCGAGGAAACAGCUUAGCCAGUAAAAUAAUGACUUUCUGUUUUAAGGUAUAUGGUGCUACAUAUUUGCAGAAGCUUUUGGAGCCUUUAUUAAGGACUGUGAUCACAUCCUCUGAAUGGCAGCAUGUUAGCUUUGAGGUGGAUCCAACAAGGCUGGAGCCUACAGAAGGCCUUGAAGAGAACCAGCGGAAUCUCUUGCAAAUGACUGAAAAAUUUUUUCAUGCAAUCAUUAAUUCUUCCUUGGAGUUCCCGCCACAGCUUCGCAGUGUGUGCCAUUGUUUAUACCAGGCAACUUGCCACUCUCUACUGAAUAAAGCUACCGUAAAAGAAAAAAAGGAAAACAAAAAAUCAGUUGUUAGUCAGCGAUUUCCCCAGAACAGCAUUGGAGCAGUUGGAAGCGCCAUGUUCCUUCGGUUCAUCAAUCCUGCGAUCGUCUCCCCUUAUGAGGCAGGGAUUUUAGAUAAAAAGCCUCCACCAAGAAUUGAAAGGGGAUUGAAACUGAUGUCCAAGAUACUUCAAAGCAUUGCCAACCACGUCCUCUUUACAAAAGAAGAACAUAUGCGGCCUUUUAAUGAUUUUGUAAAAAGCAAUUUUGAUGCAGCACGAAGGUUUUUCCUUGACAUUGCAUCUGAUUGCCCAGCUAGCGACACCGUCAAUCACAGCCUGUCCUUCAUUAGUGACGGCAACGUCCUUGCUUUGCACCGGUUGCUGUGGAACAAUCAGGAGAAAAUUGGCCAGUACCUUUCCAGCAACAGGGACCACAAGGCUGUUGGAAGACGACCUUUUGACAAGAUGGCUACUCUGCUUGCCUAUCUGGGUCCUCCUGAGCACAAACCCGUGGCAGAUACCCACUGGUCCAGUUUAAACCUCACUAGUUCCAAAUUUGAAGAGUUUAUGACAAGGCAUCAGGUACAUGAAAAAGAGGAGUUCAAAGCACUGAAAACAUUAAAUAUUUUCUACCAAGCUGGGACAUCAAAAGCUGGUAAUCCUGUUUUCUACUACAUUGCCCGGAGAUUCAAGACUGGUCAGAUCAACGGAGAUUUAUUGAUAUACCAUGUACUGCUAACUCUGAAGCCAUACUAUGCAAAGCCAUAUGAAAUUGUAGUGGACCUCACACAUGCUGGCCCCAGUAACCGCUUUAAAACAGACUUUCUUUCCAAAUGGUUUGUAGUUUUUCCAGGCUUUGCUUAUGAAAACGUCUCAGCAGUUUUUAUUUAUAACUGUAACUCUUGGGUCAGAGAAUACACUAAAUACCAUGAAAGGCUCUUGACAGGUUUGAAAGGGAGCAAAAGGCUCAUUUUCAUAGACUCUCCAGGGAAACUGGCAGAGCACAUUGAACACGACCAGCAGAAACUCCCAGCAGCUACCUUGGCUUUGGAGGAGGACUUGAAAGUAUUUCACAAUGCUCUCAAACUGGCUCAUAAAGACACCAAAGUUUCUAUUAAAGUUGGGUCAACAGCUGUGCAGGUGACAUCAGCAGAACGAACAAGAGUUCUGGGACAAACAGUGUUUCUAAAUGAUAUAUACUAUGCCUCUGAAAUUGAGGAAAUAUGUCUUGUUGAUGAGAACCAGUUUACCUUAACCAUUGCCAACCAAGGCACACCACUCACCUUCAUGCAUCAGGAGUGUGAAGCCAUCGUUAGGUCCAUCAUUCAUAUACGGACACGGUGGGAGCUGUCACAACCGGACUCCAUCCCACAGCACACUAAGAUUCGCCCUAAGGAUGUCCCUGGAACACUACUGAACAUAGCGCUGCUUAACCUGGGAAGCUCAGACCCCAGCCUGCGGUCUGCUGCCUAUAACCUCCUAUGUGCCUUAACCUGUACCUUUAAUUUAAAGAUUGAGGGCCAGUUACUGGAAACUUCAGGUCUGUGUAUUCCUGCCAACAACACGCUAUUUAUUGUUUCUAUUAGUAAGACUCUUGCAGCUAACGAACCACACCUUACCUUAGAGUUCUUGGAAGAGUGUAUCUCUGGAUUUAGCAAAUCUAGUAUCGAGCUGAAACAUCUCUGCCUGGAGUACAUGACUCCCUGGCUGUCCAAUCUGGUCCGAUUCUGUAAACACAAUGAUGAUGCUAAGCGCCAGCGAGUCACUGCUAUUCUUGAUAAGCUGAUAACAAUGACAAUAAAUGAAAAACAGAUGUAUCCUUCCAUUCAAGCUAAGAUCUGGGGAAGUCUUGGACAGAUCACAGAUCUCCUGGAUGUGGUGCUGGACAGCUUCAUCAAAACAAGUGCCACGGGGGGCUUAGGAUCCAUAAAAGCUGAGGUUAUGGCAGACACAGCUGUAGCACUUGCUUCUGGAAAUGUAAAAUUGGUUUCAAGCAAAGUGAUUGGAAGGAUGUGUAAAAUAAUCGAUAAGACUUGUCUGUCUCCAACACCUACAUUGGAACAGCACCUGAUGUGGGACGAUAUUGCCAUCCUAGCACGUUACAUGCUGAUGCUCUCCUUUAACAACUCUCUGGACGUAGCAGCGCAUCUGCCCUACCUCUUUCAUGUUGUUACUUUAUUGGUGGCCACGGGUCCCCUUUCUCUUAGAGCUUCCACUCAUGGUCUCGUCAUCAACAUCAUUCAUUCUCUUUGCACUUGUUCACAGCUUCACUUUAGUGAGGAGACCAAACAAGUUUUAAGGCUGAGCUUGACUGAGUUCUCUCUGCCCAAGUUUUACUUGCUUUUUGGAAUCAGCAAAGUGAAAUCAGCCGCUGUCAUAGCAUUCCGAUCCAGCUAUCGAGACAGGUCAUUUUCUCCUGGUUCCUAUGAAAGAGAGACUUUUGCACUGACUUCGUUGGAAACGGUUACUGAAGCCUUGUUGGAGAUCAUGGAGGCCUGCAUGAGGGAUAUUCCAACAUGCAAGUGGCUGGACCAGUGGACUGAACUAGCUCAAAAGUUUGCUUUCCAAUAUAAUCCGUCCUUGCAGCCAAGAGCACUCGUUGUCUUUGGCUGUAUAAGUAAACGUGUGUCUCAUGGACAGAUAAAACAAAUCAUCCGAAUUCUUAGCAAGGGACUUGAAAGCUGUUUAAAAGGCCCUGAUAAUUACAAUAGCCAAGUUCUAAUAGAAGCUACCGUUAUAGCACUCACCAAGCUACAGCCGCUUCUUAAUAAGGACUCCCCAAUGCACAAGGCCCUCUUCUGGGUAGCUAUGGCAGUCCUGCAGUUGGACGAAGUGAACUUGUACUCUGCAGGCACGGCCCUGCUGGAACAGAACCUGCAUACCUUGGACAGCCUUCGGGUGUUCAAUGAUAAGAGCCCAGAAGAGGUGUUUAUGGAGAUCAGGAGACCGCUCGAAUGGCACUGUAAGCAGAUGGAUCACUUUGUUGGGCUAAAUUUCAACUCCAACUUUAACUUCGCACUAGUGGGACACCUCCUGAAAGGAUACAGGCAUCCUUCCCCUACCACUGUAGCAAGAACAGUAAGGAUUUUACAUACGCUACUAGCUCUGGUUAACAAACAUAGGAACUGUGACAAGUUUGAGGUGAACACCCAGAGCGUGGCUUACCUAGCAGCUUUGCUCACAGUAUCUGAGGAAGUUCGAAGUCGCUGCAGCCUAAAGCAUAGGAAGUCUCUCUUAUUGACAGAUGUUUCAAUGGAAAAUGUUCCUAUGGAUACAUAUCCCGUACAUCACAGUGACACUAGCUAUAGGACACUAAAGGAAAAUCAGCCAUGGUCAUCACCAAAGGGGUCAGACAGACUGGCUGCCAGUUACCCGACAGUGGGACAGAUAAGCCCUCGAACACGAAAAUCCAUGAGUUUGGAUAUGGGGCAGCCUUCACAAGCGAACACUAAAAAGCUUCUAGGUACAAGGAAAAGUUUUGACCAUUUGAUAUCGGACACAAAGGCUCCUAAAAGGCAAGACAUGGAAUCUGGAAUCACAACGCCUCCCAAAAUGAGGAGAGUAGCCGAAAAUGAUUAUGAAAUGGAAACCCAGAGAAUAUCACCGCAACAACACCCCCAUCUUCGAAAAGUUUCUGUUUCGGAGUCAAAUGUCCUCCUAGAUGAAGAAGUUCUGACUGACCCAAAAAUUCAAGCACUGCUGCUUACAGUUCUUGCAACAUUAGUGAAAUACACUACUGACGAGUUUGACCAGCGGAUUCUGUAUGAGUAUUUAGCAGAAGCCAGUGUUGUCUUCCCAAAGGUCUUUCCUGUAGUGCAUAAUUUAUUGGAUUCCAAGAUCAAUACCCUUUUAUCGCUGUGCCAGGAUCCAAAUUUGUUGAAUCCAAUUCAUGGGAUUGUUCAGAGUGUUGUCUACCAUGAAGAGUCUCCGCCCCAGUACCAAACUUCUUAUCUACAGAGUUUUGGGUUUAAUGGGUUAUGGAGGUUUGCUGGCCCAUUUUCUAAGCAAACACAGAUCCCAGACUAUGCUGAGCUCAUUGUGAAGUUUCUUGAUGCCUUGAUCGACACAUAUUUGCCUGGAAUUGAUGAGGAAACCAGUGAAGAAUCUCUCUUGACACCCACAUCUCCGUAUCCUCCCGCAGUGCAGAGCCAGCUUAGCAUUACUGCUAAUCUUAACCUUUCCAAUUCCAUGACCUCACUUGCGACUUCCCAGCACUCCCCAGCUUCUCUGCCUUGCUCUAAAUCUGCAGUUUUCAUGCAGCUUCCUCAUCAAGGGAUCGACAAGGAGAACGUGGAGCUUUCGCCCACUGCCGGACACUCCAACAGCGGGAGGAUGCGCCACGGCUCUGCAAGCCAAGUGCAAAAGCAGCGAAGUGCUGGCAGUUUCAAACGCCACAGCAUCAAAAAGAUUGUGUGAUUCUUUCUGAUUUUUUUUUUUCUUUUGGAAACUGACUGCCACGGGUGGGCCUCGUGCCGGGGCCCUCGCCGGGGGUGAUGCUGCACUUAAUUUUUGAAGUUCCCAUCCCAUCAGCCGUGUUGCCAGAUGAUCAACUCUUGAAACAUUGCCUGAAUUUUAAUGCCUUCAUUUCUUUUUUUUUCAGUUUUUGAUUUAAGCUAGUGUUUCAGAACCGUGCACAUAGAUCCUGAUGGACUUUGUAGCCGGAGGAGGUGUAGAGUUCUUUAACACUGCAGAACUGUAUCUUGUCCAGAUACAAAAGCCAUUUCCGUAGACAGCUCUACCUUCUGUUACCGGCCUUGGUUGUUUCUUCUCUAAAGGAAAGUGUUCAUCCUUAAGCCUGUUUGCACACUGUUCAAGGUAGUGGCUUUAUGAGCCGGGGAAAGUUACUAUAAUCCUGGUUUUAAUUCAGACCUGUAAGACUUUUAGCUGUGGACUUUUUUUUACCAUACUUAAAAGAAACUUAUGAUAGCCGCAGUGCAAUGAGCUUACCCAGAAGUGGUGGAUUAGAUCAAAUUUCUAGUAAUUAGCAAUAAAUUUGAGAGAACAAGGAGGCUUCAUGAGUCUCUUGCAUUCCCCAGACCAUAGCUUCACAUACUUGGACUGUACAUGGACCAGACUGGACAAACUGGCUUUUUUUCCAAAGCAAUUUUUUUUUUUUUUUUGCUGUACUUUAACUGCACUAAAAAAUGUUGUAGAGUGGGAAGAAAAUCCUCGAGAACUGACUAUUAUGCUGUCAUCGUAGCAGUGUUGAGAAUUUAUUGCUUCUUUCUUCCAUUUAGCAUAUACUUUAGUUGUGCCCUUCCCAACAACGUGCACCUUCAAGGAAUUCCUGGCAGAAUAACCAUCAAUGUAUGGAGGGGAAAAUGUAAUUUGUUACCUUCCAGCUGCUUUUGUGCUGCCCCAGCAGUGGUAUAAAAACAGGAAUGUUUGCUUCAGGUACAUGAAUCUAAAAAUAACUGACACUGUUAAAUCCAGGUUACGUCUGAACAUCUGCCGUGCAAUCCCUGAUAUCAGUACAGACGUUUGCAGUCAAUCCCAUCUGGCAGAACUUUGAAGGGGUUUUAGUUCCUAAGGAUUUGUCCCUGGGGGGUUACAGGAAACUGAAGCUGCUGUCACUGUGAAAGACUGCGAUAACAUGCUGCUAUGUUGGUGACGCGCAGAGGUGCAGCACAGGGUGCUGCGCAUGCUGCCUCCACGGACUGUCAGCGUGCGGAGCGCUUGGUCUCAGAGGGCAGCAGAAGCUCUGACAAAAGGGGCUGUUGGCCAGGUGCGCGUGGCGGGCAGCGUGGAUCUCCUGCUGGAGACCAGAUAGACUUCCCAGGUUCAGAUCCCUGUUGUCUGUUAGAGAUUAACAGUCUGUAAGUGGCUUUAAAGGAAAAAAAUAUAUCCACUAUAUAAAAUAAAAUCCUCUAGUGCAAUUUUGUGAGUGGCUUUCAGUAAAUCAAACUCCACAGCUAAAUUAUUAGAGAAUGGUACAAUUAAGUGUUUGGAUUUUACUGCUAUAGCACAUAAAUUACAUGUAUCCACACAGUAACAGUGUAACAUUUAUGUAAAUAAAAGUACCUUUAUUGUAUUGAUUCAUAAAAUAACAAUUUAAUUCCUUUAAUUUGUUUACAGUCCUGGAAAAACUAUGAACACAAACUUAAUAUGCAAAUAGCUUGCCAAACCAAGAGGAAAACUUAGAGUAGAUGCGUUGGGAAAUACAAAGACUCGUACAAUUAACCAAAUUCUUUUAUUCUUGGUGGUGUAGGAGCUGCAGUAGCAAUGUGGUUACUGAACUGAUACAGAAUUGUGAAAGGGAUCAUGAGGCCAGAGCUGAAUAUAGGCCUAGUGCAGUGACUCGAGCUGUGUCCUAAGCUGCUGUGCAUGCCGAACUGUGGGAGGCACUGAUGUAAAAACCUUCCUCAUCUCAUACAUCAGAUUGCAGACAGCCGCCUUCAGCGUCUGUGCCAGUCUGCAUGUGGCUCUACGGAAUCAAGCUCAUUCCAGCCUGUUUCAUUUGACUGAAGACAAGGAAUUGUAGAAGCCUGAAGAUUUGUAGGUAGGAGGAAGGAAGAAUCUCUUGUAAUUUUCUGUUAGAAAAAUAAAACUUCCAGUUUUUUCUCCUAUGAGCAGAUUGUCUUUAAACAGAAAUAGUCAUUCCAGGUCAACUACCAAAUCAGUUUUAUUUGGGCUGGGUGCAUUUGAGAGCAACUCUUUCGAUAUUUUGUGUUGCCUAUAUAUAAAAAAAGUGUCCCUAAAUUAGAAUUUAUGCAUUCUUUGAAAUACAGUGUGAAAUCAGAAUGGCCAGUGAUUAAAAUUACCUGUUGUGUGAGAACUAGAACUACUCCAGGCUCUCAGUUGCAGCUGAAAAAAAGAUGAUAUCUUCAUAAAGGAAGUCCACAAAAUUCAGGUUAUUCUGUUUCCUGUCAGAUGGGGAGUCAUGCAAUGUUCUCGCUGCGUGGUUCAGUGAGAGGACCUGAACUUUCCUAGGGCAGGGGUGUCAGAUGCUUUAGGUCAUGGGGGCUGGCUUUUGGUGUAAUUACUAGUGCUGGCCACUGUUUAAUUCUGGAUCACGGGCACCCUGAUAAGCAGGAAAGUGAUUUCCCAGUAUCAGUAGUUGGGAAGCUCAUGCUUGGAUAAAGGGAGAAAUUUGGCCUUCCCGUAAUGAUGACGCAGCUAUUGGUAAUGAGUUGUCAGUGCCUUACUGUCGCCUUCAUCCCUUAGCCUGCUCCCUCAAACAGCCAUUGCUGCUGGUUUGCCUUUUUGUUUUCUUUCUUCCAUCCUCCUUUAUUUGUUUUCUUCUCCCAUUUUGAAUAUUCACCCACUCUUGGUUCCCAGUCCAGCUGCUACCAUUCUCCCCUCCUCCUGCUACUGUGUUUAUGCUUGCGACCAACAGUUUGUUGCUGGUGAUGACGUGACCUUGAAAUCUGAUGUAAUGAGUGGGAGACAGGUCUAAGGGUUCUGACCGUUCAGUUGCUGUUCCAGUCAGCCUGCAGACUACUAGGCAGUCCCUGCUGCGUGGCUGCUGCAGCUGUGGAGUCUGGGUAUUUUGGAAUGAAAGCCUAGAUUCAGAAAAACCUGAUUUGUACACAUGGACCACACAACUCCAUCCUGGGGACUGUAUGUUUGACACCCCUGUUUUAGAACACAUCAUCCAUUGUGCACUAACUACAGUUAAGUACUGUAAAGAUGAUCAACAUUGCGUUUGUGUUUGUAUUUUCCCAGACUUAAAGAUAAUUCAGUAGUAUUUGAGUAGUGCAUAACCUACCUGUUAAUUAUGCCAAUGUUUCUGCUUUAAUGUGCAUGAGGUUUCCAAGAACAGGAAACAUUUCAAAUACGUAUUGUGGACUGAGCACCUGGGAGCGUUCCAGUGCUCUAUUCCGAACUGGGUUGUAGGUUUUAGGACGUUUUCUGUUUCAUUCUAGGGUUAAUUUUUUUCAAAUGUAAUGAAGCACGUCUUAUUGUUAUGCAACAAACUUACCACAGAAAGUCACUUUUAGUGUUGGUCCCACCAUUUUUUUUAAUGCAGUAUAUUCACCUGUAAAUACUUUUUGUGUAAAAUUUGACAGAAAAGUAUAUUUACUACACUGUAAAUACAUGUGAUGAUAUAUUGUAUUAUUUUGCUUUUUUUGUAAAGCAGUUAGUUGCUGUAUAUGUAUAACAUACAAAUUUGACUAUUCUAGUGUUAGUAACUGUUAACUACUACUACUUCUUCCUGCUGUUGCGUUACGUCAUUUAAAGAAAAAUGCCGUGUACUAUAAACUUACACUGUGUAUGAUAUCUUACUAUUUCCAUUUGAGCCUCAACUUUGCAAAUGUUCCUUGAUCCACAAUCCUGUUCAUAUUGUAAGCGAGUGUGCGACAGCUGGCAAGAGCCCUGCCGAUUCAAAUGCAGUUGGUAACUGUAGGUAAAAACGGUAGAAACCUGGUUUCAGAUAACUGUCGUUCACCCCAUUUACCCCUCAUGUAUGUACUUCCCCUUUUUUUGAAGUAAAAUGUAAAUUCAACCUGCUGCAAGUUGUUUGAAAGCCUUUUUCUGUUUGUUGUGACAGUGAGAUUUGGAUGAGUCCCUUGGGUCCAAAAUCCCCCACCAGUGGCCUCGGUGCAGCAGGCGCUGGAUCCAGCCCUCGUCCCAGACCCGCGAACCCUGUCUCUGGGGAAAAUCAGAAACAAGGUGAAAUCCAGUGUGUGUGUGCGUGAUCUUGCACAGUUCUAAAUAAUGGCAAAACUGAUUGUCUGUGGAUAACUGAGGACAGGAUUUGGACGUAAUAAAGCCCAUUGUCAUGAAUUUCAUGUCGCUCUAGCAAGAUUAUAAUAACUGAAUAGUAAAUCAGAAUAUUUCUUUUUAAAAUGUAAAUUCAAUAUUUUAAUAAAACAGCUGCUUGGUCUUAAGAACAUUUCAGUAUAAUUUGUCUAUUUCAGAUUUUCUAGCUUAGAAGCUUGACGUUUCAACUGUCAGGAAACUUUUAUGAAAAAUGUUUAAUCAAAUUAUUUUUCUUUUAGGGGAAUAUUGCUUUCCUAUGAAAAUGUAUAAGUACUUAUAUUCUGGCUUUGUGAAUCGUAAAAGGAUGUAAAAACACAUUAAAGCGUGA